AUGGCCCCGAGUGAUUUCGAUGCUCGAUUCCUCGGUCACUUCACUACCUUUAACGACUCGGCUACCUCCCCUCCCGCGUCAGGCAGCUCGUGGAUCGUCACGGAAAAGCUCUAUGAGCAAGCAGUCUACCUCACAAAGGAAAAUUUUGACAACGGCGUUGGGCUUCCUUUGACAGCUGGUCUUUUCCUGUGUCAUCUGGAAGAGGACCCGGCUCAGAUAGCCUUCAUGCGAAUCUAUUAUCAGAUUCCUGUUACUGGAACUGAGGACGAUCUUGCUAAACUAGCCCAGCAGGUCAUUGAACCUAAGGUCUGUAGUGAACGAGAAGCCUUUAAGCAGUUGAUGGCCCAAGACUGUACCGCUGUUCCCCAUUAUCUUGGAUACCAAGAACCGCAUGAUCUUGUUCCUGGGGGGUACAUUGAUUAUCUUGUAUGGGAAAAGGUCCCAGGGGAAUCCCUUACAGAGGAGUUCUUCUGGAGCUUGGAUGGCCAAACACGGGAUGACAUCCGCGCUAAGUUCCGCGCUGCAUUUGAAGAUAUCAUGCGUUGCGGCGUAGAAUCAUAUCCGCCCAGAAUCUCCAAGGUCAUCUACGAUCAGUCUACAGGUGAUGUAUCUACUGACAAAAGCAGUCGCAUUUCGGGGUUUCGACAAGGAUGGCCGGUCAUUGAUGAACUUAAAUGGUCGGAUGAUCUGUACGUUCUUUAUGGCCUAGCUAUGUCACCAAAAGAGCAGUGGGGCUGGUAUGAUCAUCCGAAAAACUGGACGAUAUAA